AUGUCGUCUCGGAGUCCGCCCUCUGAGAAGAUCAAAACGAAGGCACCCGGCAUGGAAAAUAGUAACCUGACAGACUCGGCCACAAACGGCGAGCAAUCAGCGUCGUCCGAAAACACUCCCGAGAAGCAAGAGAAGAAAGACAGCCUAGAGAGCGAGAUCGAGCCCGAGUACGCGACUGGCCUCCGCCUGUUCCUCAUCAUGCUCACCAUCUUUACGAACACGCUUCUCGCCGCACUAGAGAUCGGCAUCGUAGCCACGGCCAUCCCCGCCAUCACCGACGACUUCCACCGACUCGACGACGUCGGCUGGUACGGCAGCGCCACCUUCCUAUUAGUUGGAGCCACGGCGCCCAUGUGGGGAAAGCUAUACAAGUACCUCAACGUCAAGUAUGCCUACCUCGGCUCCGUUGUACUUUACUUACUCGGGAGCAUCGUGGCCGCAGCGGCGCCGAACAGCGAGUCCGUGAUCAUCGGUCGGGCGAUUCAAGGCCUGGGGGCAUCGGGGACACUCGGCGGCUCAUUGAUCGUCAUCAACUACGUCACGGAGCCCAAGAGACGGCCCUUGCUCAUCGGAAGUUGGAUGGGCGUGUUUAUGGUCUCGACUAUCCUCGGUCCCGUCAUCGGCGGCGCGUUCACGAGCGGCAUCUCUUGGCGCUGGUGCUUUUGGAUCAACCUCCCGCUCGGGGUUCCCAUAAUUGUCCUUCUUAUGCUCUUUUUGCACAUUCCAAAGCACAUAAAGCCCGCGCGCGCCACUUGGAUGGAGGUUAUCUUGCAGCUUGAUCUUCCAGGAUUUGGUGCCUGGCUCGCCUCGCUUGUGUGCCUGACGUUGGCUCUCCAGUGGGGAGGCCAGACCAGAUCAUGGAGUGAUGGGGGUGUGGUCGCCACAUUGGUCCUCUGGCUGGCCUUGUUCUUUUUCUUCUUCGUCGUCGAAUGGUUCCAGGGCGAACGAGGAAUGGUACCUUUGAGGCUCCUUCGGCCGCGUUUGACGUGGAGCAAUGCCUUGUACUGCUUCAUCUCCAACGCUGCUCUCUACCAGGUCAUGUUCUACCUACCCAUCUAUUUCCAGUCUAUACACGGUCAGUCGGCCAUUGGGAGUGGCAUCAACACCCUUCCGUUCCUAGCCUUCUUCGCAGCUGGAUCCAUGGUCAGCGGUGCCGCCAUUGGCAAAACGCGCCUCCUGCAACCGUACCAGCUCACUAGUGCGCUCCUGAUGACGGCUGGGGCCUCUUUGUUAUACACGAUGGGCGUCAGUUCAUCCAAGACUCGGUACAUUGGCCCUCAAGUCCUCUUCGGAUUCGGUCUCGGCCUUGGGAACCAGGUCGCCAUGACCGCUGUGCAAGGCUUUUCUAAACCGGAGGAUGUGGCGAACAGCACUGGUAUUAUGCUCAUGUGCCAAUCGAUUAGCGGUGCUUACUUCGUUGCGGUAGCGCAAUCACUCUUCGCCAACCGCAUGCUGGAGACCCUCCGGAGUACUGCCCCCAACGUCAACCCCUUCGACGUUAUCAACACGGGUGCCUCCGAGAUACGUCAAGUCUUCACGGGCGAGGGCCUAGCUGCCGUGGUUGGCGCAUACAUGGUUGGGAUUAAAGACGUCUUCGCUCUUUCUCUGGGGGCAUCGGCAGCCGCAGCUGUUUUGGCUAUGGCGAUACCCUUUAAGAAGCUUCCCGAUCAUGAUAGCAAGAAAAAUGAGGAGGAAGGAAGAACCGCAUAA